AUGCAAAGGAUCUUGUCACAAAACUUUGCUGCCAGCAUACGAAGCUGUGGAACUGCCAAGGAUCUAUCCCGUGGGAUUUCACUCCACGAAAAAAUCUUGGCCAGCAAGAGCUCUUGGUGUGAUCGAUACCUUGCGAAUUUGUUGAUCGACAUGUAUGGCCAGUGUGGGGAUAUACAGCGAGCGAGGGAGGUUUUCGAUAAGAUUCCAAAUCCAAACCAGUUCUCGUGGACGGCGUUGCUGGGCGCAUAUUCCCAGAACGGGCAUAUCCAAGAAGCGAAAGAUGCGUUUGAUGCUUCGGUGUCGAGAGACAGGGUAUCUUGGAACUGUAUGCUUUCAGCAUAUGCCCAAAUUGGGCAUCUUUCACGAGCUAGAGAAGUCUUUGCGAGAAUGUCUUCCCUCGAUGUAGUGACAUGCAACGCAAUGAUCACGGCAUAUUCUCAUCACGGUCAUAUUGAGGAGGCGGUCCACGUGUUUACAUCCAUGCCGCAGAGAAAUGUGGUAACGUGGACGGCUAUGAUCACCGCAAAUGCCGAGGCGAGGGACUUUGCGAGUGCUAGGGCUUUCUUCGAUCGAAUGCCCCAGUGUGAUGUCGCGAGCUGGAACGCGACGAUCCAGUGCGCGCAAGAGAUUGGAGCGGUGAAAGCGCUCUUCGAUCGAUCGCCGGGGAAGAGCUGGAUCACCUGGACAGCGCUGGCGCUGGCCCACGCGCAACAAGGUAACGAUCUCCAGCAAUGCCGGGAGGCCUUCUACCGGAUGCCGCAGUGGACGCUAGGGUCGAGCAAUGCGCUCGUCUCGGCGCUGGCCAGGAGCUCCAAUCUGGAAGAAUCGAGGCUCGUCUUCCACGCCAUGCCCCAUCGCGACCAAAUCUCUUGGAAUUCGCUGCUCCAGGGCUACAUCGAGAAUGGGCGCGCCCAGGAGGCCAUGGCGGAGCUUCUCUCUGGAAGAAUGCCUUGCUGGGAUGUGGCUGCCUGGAACGCGAUGCUCCAAGCAUUUGUCCAGUCGGGGGAUCUGGAUUCUCUGGAGAAACUCUACAAUCAAAUGCCAGUGAAAGACGUGAUCUCCUGGACGGCUAUGGUGGUCGCAUUCUCAGAAGGAGGAAACAUCGAUCAAGCCAAACAUUUCUUCGAUCAAAUGAUCACCCGGGAUCUCGUCGCGUGGAACUCGAUGAUCAAAGCAUUUGCCAACACUGGGCUCUUGUCCGACGCUGUUGGCUUCCUCUACGCGAUGCUCCAGGAGGGGAUCAAGCCCAACGAUCACACUUACAGGGGGAUUCUCAGCGGCUGCAGCCACGCCGGGCUCCCGGAGGAAUGUCGGAUCCAUUUCUUGAGCAUGGUGGCAGAUCACGCCAUCGCUCCGGAGCUGGAUCACUACUGCUGCGUGGUGGACAGCUUGGGGCGAUCCAAGCGCCUCGACUGGGCGGAGGAGCUCGUCCAGAGCAUGCCUUACGUUCCCAACGAGGUGGCAUGGACGAGCCUCCUUGGUGCUUGUCGAGUGUAUGGAGAUGCCGAGCUGUUGGAGCGAGUGACCGGGCUCUCGCUGGAGGACGAGAGCGACACUGGGUCCUGGCCGGCUCCAUACUUGCUCUUGUCCGAUGGCUGGAAGAGUGUUCCAAAGUGA